AUGUCUGGCUUCGCCGCUACUGGCGGCCGGCCAGGACAGUCUAGUCGUGCCACUGGAAUGGCGGCCCCUGCCCCUCCCAGCAGCAUCAGAAGAGAUCGUCCAGGCGCACCAAGAUCCUCUAUCUCAAACGAAUCAAUAGCGGGGCCUUCUAGAUCAUCCACAGCUGGAACUACUCGCCGCAACACAAGCGAUGACCCAGUCCGCGCUGCUCAGAAUGAAGCUACAAGGGUGUGGAGAGAUGAUUUGUGCAGGCUACUCGAAAGGGCAGAGGAACGAUUUGCCGAUGUCUGCUGGACCACUGCCUCAUCGACCGAUGCCCAGGACAACGGCGACUUCGACUCAGAGCUAGGGCACGUCACUUUCACUGGUACCGAUAGUAUCGGCCAUGGCUCCUCCUUAGGACACGGCAGCACUCUAGUACCCUCAUCGCUCACGUCAAGCUCACCUUCAAUACCCAAACCUUCCGCUACUACCGACACAUUGAUAUGGGCACACAAAGCUAUUCUCUACGCACGCGCACCCAACACCUUCCAGACUCGCUUUCUCCAUCUUCGCUCACCUGCUGCUCAGCUUCAACACAUAGGCUCGACAGCAAGUCUCGUCUCUCUGCCCCUCCAUCGAAGCGAAUCACAGCUUUCGAUUAACUCCAACUUUUCUUGUUCGACACAGACUGGAGUGCCACCACCAGCACCAUCCAACACUGCCUCAAACGGCAACAGUGUAUCAUCACCGCCUGCCUUUGCGCCCAAGCAACGCAAAUCAAUUCGCGGAGCAGCACCCCCAAGUAGCUUCUCUAUGGCAAAACCUUCCUUGCGCAAACCCAUCUCACGCUCCAGCAUCUCCAGACCCUUACGAAAACCAUCGGUCGAUGAAGCUGGCUCCUUCGCAGGCUUCAUGACCAGUGACAGUGAAGGUGAAGGUGGGCCCGCGACAAGUUUGAGGGCUUCUCGCUUGAUCAACGCCCGCAACACGCCAACAGCAAACGGAGCAUCUCUCACUUCACCCUCCAAGGUAUCUCAGACCUCCUCGUCAGGUCACCAAAGUUCGAAUGCGCCUGCACGCAAGUCGUCAUUCGCCUCGGUGACUUCAGCUGCAGAAUCGCGCAUCACGGACAAUCGUUCGUUAAUCAGCGACGCAAGCACCCUUCGUGCACCCAUCAGCUUGGGUGGUGUCAGUCAAGCUUUCUUCGAAGCAACUCUACAAUACCUCUACACUGGUGAAGAAGCCAUGGUGGACGCAUUCGAGUUCUUGUUCGAGGACAGACUAGCAUCCGACUCGGAAGUAACGUUGGAGGAGAAGCUCGACAAGCUAAGAUCAGAUCUUACGUUCAUGUGGCGCAGCAAACUCUAUUCGGACGUCAAGAUUGUGCUUGGCGAAGACGAUGACAGCGACGAUAUGGAUCGUGCAGCUCUAGGAGGUCAACGGAAAGGGAACUCGGCAAAGUUUGUUGACAUUCCUGAUGCGAACAUGUCCGUUAUCUCACUGGCGCAGACCAUCGAUACGGAUAGAGUCGACGAUUCGGAUGCAGAAGACGAUGAGCUCACGUCCUUUUCAACGCAUCGAAUGAUUCUUGCGUCUCGAUCGCAGUACUUUGCCUCGAUGCUGCUGUCUCCCUAUGCCGACUCGACUGCGCCGGUGCUACACUUGCCUUAUCCACCCUUCACACCAGCAUCGUUUCACUUCACGCUUGGCUUCCUCUACACCGGUACGCUUUUCUUCUCCAAUCGCACCUUCGACCUAUCUACCGCCUUCUCACUCUGGCGUGCAGGUGCAUAUCUACAGAUCGAAACACUCCAGGCUCUCGUCACCGCACUGAUCGACCGCGAAUUCUGCCAUGGCUUCAAAUGCUCACCACCCUGCCGGAAGUGCGCCAAGCGCGUACCCCGAACACUCGCAUUCGCCACUGACCCCGACGUCAGCGAGCAGGCUCUGCAGGAACCAGCCAUUGCCGCCGUCUCAGGCCCUCACUUUGGAAUGUACUGGGCUAAAGACGUUGGCAAUCUCGAUCCCAUGCUCCAAGACCAGAUCGUCGAUGCCAUCUCUACUCGUCUCACCCAAGACCCCACGCUGGUAGUUACUGUGCUCCGUCAGCUAUCGAUUGUCGGGCAGCGCAUCGACACAGAACGAUCCAGUCGGUGGGUUGAAUCACUCCGCCUCAUGGCCGAGACUGUUGAGAACCGUCUCAUGCCCAUCCUCCACGCCAACCUCGAGAAGAUAGUGCAGAGUCCUGCUUGGUCUGACUUGCUAGAUGGUGUAGGCUCUCUCGAUGACGUACUGGAGAAGAGUCUAGUGAUGCUCAUUGACGGGCUGACCGAAGCUAGAGUCGCACAGAUCUACCAGAUUCUCGUUGGACAGGUGUUGCUGCGUGAGCAAGGAUUCGAGGUGCCUCAGUCACGGCAGGCGGUGGAGAAUGCAAGAGCAAGCAUAUUGAGGUAUUUGAAGAAGAGAUGGAUUAACGUAAGGGCGCUCGGCGGGUUCGAUAAGCUGGAGAAAUGGUGUUUGAAGGAGUUGGCCGAUGACUUGGACGUUGCGAGUGCAGAUUUGGUGUUGACGGAUGAGGCGCCGGUGAAGAUGGGUCCGCUGCCAAGCAGGUUAUUGACUGGUCGGAGGACUAGUGCGGUUGCAGGGGUGGCUAGGCCAAGGUCUUCGCUUGGUGCAGCUGCAAGUCCAGGUUCGUCCGGCAGAGUGAGGACUGCAUCGACGGCGUCCACCGGAUCGGCAAGCGUUGCUGCAGCAAGAAAGGUGGUGAGGGACGAGGGUGAAUGUGAAGCUGGACCGAACAAUAUGCGCGCUGCUGUACUCAACCGGAAUGCCGCACGAACUUCGGUGGUCAAUGGACAUUGUUCGUUGUCUACUACAUCGACUGCUUCCACUUCCUCUCCCAUUGCCGCUCGGCCAAGAUCAACAGCAGGCACAGCUUUCCCCACGCCUAGGGUUGCAGGCACGGCGUCAUCAUCGCCAAGAGUGAGCAGCAUCAAUGGUGCUUCACCACGAUCUGGCACUCCUAUGGCGACUGCGGCUGGAAAGGAGCGACUUCGCACGACGAGUACAGCAAGCGUUGCUAGUGUCCCAAGCGCGCGUUUGUUGAAGGGUAGACAAUCAGCUGUUGCCUCUGCGCAACGCCCCGCGACCGUUGCGGCGAACAAGGGUGCCGGACAAGAACCGAAACGUCAGGCCUUCCCAUCUUCCAACACCGCUGCUAUCUCUUCCUCUUCCGCAGCAGUCACGCCGAAGAAAUCCACACCACGCGUCCCAACACCACCCGACGCAGACAAAACACCCACUAAAGCAGUCCGCACCGUUCGAUCAGCUGCCAACCUCUCACCUCGCACCAGCGACGCCAAACCCCCUUCUUCCUCUCUCGACUCUUCUACUGCUAAGCCGAAACAGCCUACGCUUGGUGCCAAGUCUUCUUUCAUCCGUGCUACGCCAGGGCCAGGUGGGACAUUUUCCUUGUCGUCGACUCAUUCUGGUCGUGGGCUUCGGCCUAGGACUUUGAGUUCUAGUUCCACAGGUAAGAAGAGUGCUGAUCAAGGGUCGCAAACCACUGCAGGUGCUACGGCGGGGAGACGGUCAGUUGCUCCAACAAGGAGAAUCUCCGGUGACAGCGCACAACCAACCUCAUCAGCAAGCAAAGCACCAGCAGGGCCGAGGGAAGCAAUGCCGACAGACGCCAUCAACAACGUGCGAAAAGCGUCGCAAUCAAAUAACAUGCCUCGGUCAGAUUCCACAAAGACUAUCGUAUACUAUUCUGCCUCUACUAGGGGCGGUGAUGCAGCUAUAUACCCAGAUAGCAAUGCUUUAAUGGGCGGGAUACGAUUGAUCGUUGGCAUACCUUGCAUUGUUUGCCUCCCCCUACCCUCUGCUUCCAUUGUCAAGAAACCGAGCGCUUCAUCAGCGCAGAUCAGGCGACCCAGCCCAACUAGUUCGGCACCGAGUCGUAUCGCGGCGAGGGCCUCUCCUGCUGCCUCUACUGCUCCUGCUGGUGGAGGAGGCAGGAAGGUGCGCGCUACGGUACGCUACCUCGGCCCAGUAGCAGGAACCAAAGGCUUAUGGGUUGGCAUCUUGCUACACCUUCCACCUAGCGUCAGUGAUAGUUUGCCGAGUACGAAGGUGUUGAGGCUGAGAAAUGGGUCCUAUGAUGGGGUGCAGUACUUCGCCGCGAUCAAAGGAAAGGAAGCGGAAAAGGGAGAGAAAAGGGAGGCGGAGCAUAGAGUCGAAAGAAGGAGGGAGCUUUGGCGCGCUUUGACGCCUGAUUUGCCUUUUCCCGAGGAAGGAAAGGGAAAGGACGGAAAGGGAGAAGAGGAAGCAGAGGUGAAGAAGGUAGCUGAAGUGCAACUCUUUGUGAGACCAGAGGACGUGGUUUGGGUUGUUCAGUGA